CCACAGUGCACAGACGCAUCGCUGCGCUCCGUAACCGGUGUACACCGCGUCUGCUCUCCGAAACCGAUUGUCGUGUGCGUUCUCGUUUAUACCUGCCGUACGAUAUAUAUGUAAAAUAAUAUUAAACGUAUUUUUCCUGUAUUUAUAUUAUCGUAUAACCGUAUAGGUAACGCGAGAGACACUGUUCUAUACGUUUUUGUAACCGUUUCCGAAUAAUAAUAAUAAUAUUAAUAUUUUUUUUCUUCUGUGCAAUACGCUCGCAAGUGAAUUAUAUUUUACCUACAUAGAUAUACGCGUGGCGUUCCUAAACCGCCAAUUAUUUACGAAGAAAUUUCGUGUAGACGUUUUACUGAAUAUUGUGCGUGCGUUUUGGUUUUUACUCAUUUAAUAUUACCUAUUAUUGCUUUGCCCAGAGUUUUCCCGCCUUCUACCGGACCAGGUUCGACGUUAUUCGUUCAAAAUUGGCCGCAUCAAGCAGAAUCCGGUUCGUGUAGCCACUGGCGAAACGGCUGCGCACGACUUGUAGACUUGAAUUAUCUCGAAUGGACGUCAGUACGUCCCGUGCGUCGGUCCUCCAACCGUGAUGCAAGUGCGACAUUCGCGAGCCCUGGCGCAAGUCAAUUGACGUUUCAGUUGAUCUAUACAGUUGUGGACCAAUCAUCUGUUCGCGAUUACCGUUAAGUACCGAUUUGCCAAUUGACUGUAUGAAAAUGACAAUGGAUGCCACAGAUAGUGCAAGACUUGGCUUAAACUUGAAUUUGAGCGUACAACCUCAAUCAUAUCAUUGGAUUCAAUCACCUAAAGGUACUGAUGACGAGGAUGAAGAUGACCGUAGAAGAGUGGAUGACGAUUGUUCACCGGAAGAAGAACCGGAUAUCCUGGAAAUGCAGAGAGAAGAACGUGAAACCCUUAAUCAGUUGGCUCGUCGUUUGGCAAGUGGAUCACAUGGAUUGAUGGGAAGUCACACUGCGUCUAUGUUACAACAUUUUGCUUACCGUCAUCCUAAUGGGAUGCCUAUGUCUGAUCAGAUUGUCAUGCCAAUACCUUCUAGACGGCCGGCCAAUAUAGAAUCACCACCAGGAUCCAGUCGAUCAGGUGACACACCUCUUGGUCAUGAAUAUACGCCGGAAAACGAGUCGUCUCUGUUGGCCAGAAAGGGUGAAGCACAAUCGUGGACUUUUGAAGAACAGUUUAGACAGCUAUAUACUGCGGGCAACGAGACGGACAGACGCAGUUUCCUGGAUUCACUGUUUAGUUACAUGCAGGAACAAGGGACUCCGAUAAGCCGACUACCCAUCAUGGCCAAACGUGUGUUGGACCUGUACACGCUGUACAAACUAGUCGUACAAAGAGGAGGAAUUGUGGCGGUCAUCACUAAAAAAUUGUGGCAAGAAAUAAUUCGAGGCUUGGGCUUACCGCCGUCCAUCACUAGCGCGGCUUUCACGUUGAGAACUCAAUAUGUCAAGUACCUGUACGCGUACGAGUCGAAAAUGAAUCAGUUCAGCUCGGUGGACGAACUGAACAUGGCCAUAGCCGGAAACCGGCGCGAGGGCCGCCGGAACAAGUCUCUGAUGUCCGAGUACAUGCCCGCGCUCCCAGCGACCACGGUGGCCGGCCACCUGCAUCACCACGGCCAACUGUCGUCGGCGGCACACGGCCAACACCACAAUCACCAGCAACAGCAGCAUCAUCACCAGCAACAGCAGCACCAUCACCAGCAACAGCAACAGCAACAGCACUACGCCAACGUGCUAGCCGCCGACGAUCGGUUCCGCCACUUGGCCGCCGCCAUCAUAGACAACAACAGACACCGCGCCGCCACGGAACAGGGCAGACAGCAGCCGCCGCCGUCGUCGUCGUCGUCGUCGCCGCGGCCCGGCAGUCCGAUGCAACGACUGUCCCAGCUGCAGCCGCCGCCGCCGUCCGCCGUCGCCGAGGCGUCGCCGUUGUUCAACGGCCACCAGCUACAAUUGCCGCCGUACCAAUCGGCCACGAUGAUGGCCGCCGCAGCGCAUCAGGUAGCGGCCGCCGGCGACCACAGCAGCAAGCAGAGAGAAAUUCUCAGUAUGUUAAUGUGGAUGGACUUAAUGAGAAAUCAAACAGCAGCUAUUCCAAGACUUUCAAUACAAAACUUGCAACAGUCACCAUACGCCACCGUACCGGCCGCGAUGAAUCUACAACGUCAGUCUCCGGUCGCGUUGCGUUCAAAUAACGGACCGGAACAGUGCGAGGCGUUGAAUUUGGGUAAAAAAGAUCAAGGGACGAACAACAAUAACGCAGGUGAAAACGAGGACGAACCGGAUCAAAAACGCAUCAAAAAGGAACGGUCGCCCCGGGUUAUCGUGGCUAGUCGUCCCGGCAGUCCCAAGAUGACGAGCCCUGAACGAUUUCCGGCGCCAACCAUAAACAGUCCGAUACGGGAGUCAUCUACAUCGCCUGAACGGAAUGGUGACGACAAAGCGGCGGACAGCAGCAACGGUACAAUCGAAAUGGACAUCAGCGUGUCGGCCGGUGCGCCUAGCGGUCUCAAAAUAAACGUUUGUAAAAGAACAAAAAAUGGAAUUUACAAAGGUCAACUUGUCAAAGUUGAAUCAGAAUUAAAUGGAGGAACGAAGAACACUAGACCCUUUAUUUUGCGCCUCAAUGGUGAACUCUACACAGGAUGCCUACAACAACAAAGCAGUCUUGAUAAUCACGAUGACCAACAUUCUAGUUAAAAUAGUAGACGUAAGACGUUGUUAAGUACAACGAAUGAUUUUUUUUCUGUAAAUAUAAUAUUAAAUAAUAGUUUAGAUUUAGAAGACAGUUAAGCAACAUAAAUACAAUAAAUAAUUUAUAUAUAUAUAUAUAUAUAUAUAAUAAGUAUAUAAUAUUAUCUAUUCAUCAUAAUAUUAUAUAUUAUAAACUUAUAACAAUUAAUUAUUAAUGUAAUUAAAUACAAUAAUAGUUUCAGUUAUUUUUAAUUUAAGAUUAUACAUUGGACAUAUAGAAUACAUAUAUGUGUGUUUGUUUUAAAACUACUUUUUUCUAUGGAAAAUAAGUGAUUUGCUAACACAAUUAUACUAUAGAAUAGAUUUAAAAAUUUAUAUUUAUUAUUAUAGUUAUUACGUAUAAUACAUAUUACUACGAGUAGGAGACUUAAUUUUUUUUUACGUUCUUUUUUAAAAUAUAUUUGUAUUAUUAUUAUUAUUAUUAUUGUAAAUAUAGUGUGUAAAUUGUGAGUACUUCAAAUUAAUUUUAAGGCUGUGCAUUCUUUAGAUCUCAUCCUAAUGGGAAAACCAACAACAUAACACGUCUUGUAAAAUACACGUACAUUUUCGGAUUUGAAUAUUAAUCAGUAUUAGCAUCGAUGUAUUAUAAUGAUUGAAUAAAUUACAGUUUUUUUUUUUGUAUUAUGAUUAUAUA